GAGACGUAAAGGAAGACGUAAAAAAGCUGCAACGACAAGUUGGCAAUAGAUUUGUGUGACUUGUGAAGCUUUUGGAGACUAAAGCCCAGAGAGAGAGUCAGGUUGUCGCUGCCAGAGGGUCAUGCCGCGCUCUGAAAGGUAAUGAGCCGCAAAGCCCCGGGGUCUCGGCUCAGCGGCUCAGCCCACAAACUGCGGCCACACUGGAACGACUGGCAGCCCAGAGUUGACAGUGUAUCAUCCAACCAGGACGAAGUAAAGUCCAGAGAUCUCGCUUCGGGACAAUUGUACGACGUAUUGCCCUCCAGGUGUCCUGAACAGCCAGUGCACAGUGAUGCCUACACUGCUGCAGACGCACAUCAGGAUGAGGGUGGAUAUGAAGCUGAUCCAGGUGUCUGUGAUACUACAUUUGGUUGGAAGUCGCUGGGGCAAGAGUUGAGGCCCAAUGAUGUGACGGCGGAAUUGACAACAUUUCAGCAUGGAAAUCGUGCUUUAGCUUCAAAGGAAAUGAGGAAAUCGCAAGACAGAGGGAUGGCUCACUCGGAAGAGUCUCGACUGGCCAACCUCUUGCGUCGAGUCUCCAGGGAGGACGAUCGCGACCGGAGGCUGGCCACCCUAAAACAACUGAAGGACUUCAUCAGCCAUGGCGAGAGCAAAGUGACCCUGGUCAAACAGCUGGAAACCAUCCUGAACACCUUGAAUGACAUUUUGAAUGAGAGCAGUAAGCUGUUGUGGGAACUGCGCCAGGAAGCAGCAGCUUGUUUGGGUCUCCUCUGCACAGUGCUCAGCUAUGAAGCCGAGCGCAUCUUCAAGUGGCUUUUCCUCAAAUUUAAUUCAAGCGGGCGAGAUGAGGUGAAACUGCUGUACCUGGUGGCAGCGCAGCGAGCUCUGGAGGCUGCUGGAGAGAGGAAGGCCUUCUCUCAUAUCAUGCAGCUGGUGAUGAGCAACUUGCAGUCCAUCCUGGAGAACGUGGACACGCCGGAGCUGCUCUGUCGGAGUGUGAAGUGUAUUCUACAGGUGGCCCACUGCUAUCCACACGUCUUCAGCACCAACUUUAGGGACACAGUGGACAUCUUGGUCGGCUGGCACAUUGACCACACACAGAAGCAGGCGCUGACUCAGCAGGUUUCAGGAUGGUUACAGAGUCUGGAACAGUUCUGGGUGGCAGACCUGACCUUCUCCACCACCCUGCUAGGGCAGUUUCUGGAGGAUAUGGAAGCGUAUGCAGAGGACCUGAGCCACGUGGUGUCGGAUGAGGUGCCGGAUGAAGACAUCCCCCCUCCCUCGGUGUCGCUGCCUAAGCUGGCAGCUCUGCUCAGGGUUUUCAGUACGGUGGUCCGCAGCAUCGGAGAAAGAUUUAGUCCUGUGAGAGGACCCCCCAUCACUGAAGUCUACGUCACUGAUGUUCUGAACCGAGUUCUGGCCUGCGUGACAGCAGCAAAGCAAGUCCAGUUCUCUGAGAUGGUUCUGACAGCUGGGAAUGAGUGUGUGGGGGUGAUGCUGGCCAGCGUGGAGCCCUACGGUCAGCUGAUGGAGGCUGUUCUCGCCUACGGCCUCGACCAGCUGGACAGCUGCCAGUGCUGCGGAUCUGAUUACAAUCUAGCCGUGCUCAGUCUUCUCACCCUGAUUGUGGAGCAGGUGAACACGAAGCUGCCUGUGUCUUUUGUUGAGAAAGUACUGGCACCAGAGUCUCAGCUUCUGCAGCUUCGCUUUCAUCCAGAGAAAGAGGUGAUGUCAGCGGUGCACAGCGUCUAUCAGGCACUGCUGAGCCUCAAAAACAUCCCCACACUGGAGGCUGCUUAUAAACUGGUAUUGGGUGAAAUGGCAUGUGCCUUGUCCAGCCUGAUGGAGAGCCUGGAUCCCACUGGUAUGAACCCGGCUCCCUGCAGCCCCUUCCCCAAUAUCCAGCACCCUGCGUUUGCUGCUCUCAGCCUGCCGCUGGAGAAGGCCCAGUUCACCAUCAUCUUCAACCUCAGCACCCUCACCACCAUCGGAAACACCAAGAACUCACUCAUCGGGAUGUGGGCGUUGUCUCCUACGGUGUUUGCUCUUCUCAGUCACAAUCUGAGGCUGGUUCACGCUGAGCUAGCCGUCUACUAUCCUGCCAUCCAGUAUGCUGUUCUCUACUCCCUCUACUCCCACUGCACCAGACAUGAUCAUUUUAUCUCAUCAAGCUUGUCAUCAUCCUCUCCUUCGUUGUUUGAUGGCGCUGUCAUCAGCACCGUUACCACAGCAACAAAGAAGCAUUUCAGCACACUGCUUAGCCUCCUGGGGCUUUUGCUUACAAAGGAGCACCUUUAUCCUGAGGCUAGGAAGCUACUGCUGACUUGGGCUCAGGAAAUCUCCUUGUUAAUGGUCAAGUCGGACACUUACAGCCCCCUGUUCUCUCUGCCUUCCUUCAACAAGUUCUGCAGAGGUCUGCUGGAUAACGCUCUACAUGAAGAUCAAAGCUCCUGCCUUCAGACUUGCCACAGUUUACAGAUCCUCUCUCCGUAUCUGUCCACUGAACUGCUGCAGAGGUGUGUGGACGUGUGCCGGGUCCAGCUGGUCCACUCAGCAGUCCGGGUCAGGCAGGCUUACGCCAAACUGCUCAGGACAAUCCCCCUGGAUGUCGCCCUGAGUAACCACAGCCACAGUGAGAUAAGAGAGAUCUCUCUGUCCAUCCGCCAGCACAUGAGCCACUCACCGAGCAGCACGUUCCACCCCCAGGACUUCAGUGACCUCAUCAGCUUCAUUUUAUAUGGAGUGUUGCACCGUGGAGGCAAAGAUCCGUGGCUGGAGCGUCUUUACUACAGCUGCCAGCGACUGGAGAGACGAGACGGCCGGGGAAGUGCUGACGGCAGCAAGUCAGACGUCGUACCACGGACGCUGGUGAAAACCGAGGUUUUGUUGUGGCAGUGGGCGGUUUGGGAGGCUGCGCAGUUCACCGUGUUGUCCAAGCUCCGCACGCCAUUGGGUCGGGCUCAGGACACUUUCCAAACUAUUGAAGGAAUGAUCCGGAGUCUGGCGGCACACAGUCUGAAUGCAGAACAGGAUCUGGGAGCCUGGUCUGGUUCUGGAAGUGAUGGAGACGGUCACCACUUGAAUCAGCUCCGCCUCACUCUGCUGCUCCAGUAUCUGGAAGACCUGGAGAAGCUCAUGUAUAACGCCUAUGAAGGCUGUGCCAACGCUCUGACUGCUCCUCCAAAGGGCAUAAAGACCUUCUUCUACACCAACCGUCAGACGUGCCAGGACUGGCUGACCAGGAUUCGUUUGGCAUUGAUGCGAGUCGGCCUUCUGUCUGGCCAGCCGGCAGUGACGGUUCGCCACGGGUUUGACCUGCUGACGGAGCUGAAGAACAGCGGCACCCAGGCUCCAGAGGUGGAGGUGUCUCUGGCCCUGCUGGUGGAAGCUCUGUGUGAGCUGCGGUGUCCCGAGGCCAUCCACGGCCUGGCGGCCUGGAGUCUCCUCACCACCGGGAAGAGCCUGGGCUGGCUGUCCUCGGUGGCCCUGCAGGCCGAGGGCCGGUUUGAGAAAGCAGCUCUGGAGUAUCAGGAUCAGCUGUCUGCAGUGACUGGGAUGGACUGCAGCAUCAGGAGCUCUGAGUGUUGCCUGCUCAAGCUCUCCAGCAGCAGCAGCAGCAGCCCCAAACACGCCAGCAACGGCGAGAGCAAGAAGACGGUGUUGCUGAAGUCCGGCGAGUGUUCCCCUGAAGUGAUCAACUUCCUGGCCAACAAGGCGUGUCAGUGUUACGUGGCGCUGUGUGACUGGGCCUCUGUCAAGGAGUGGCAGAGCACCGUCAACGGUCUCAAGCACAACUCCAGCAGUCCCAUCAACGUCAACCUGAGGACGGACUUCAACUACAUCCAGGCUCUGAGCUGCUUUGAGGACGGAGACCUGGCAGGCUGCGAGGCCCAGCUGGAGCUUCUGCCUGGAGAGGACUACAGCUGUCUCUCCAACAGCAAGGACAAGCUGGAUCUGAAGAAGCUUCUGCCUUUCAUGAGUCCAGACCCAUCGGAGCUGCAGAGAGCCAUAGAAGUGCAGCUGCUACGCAGCGCUGUCAGCGCCAUGAAGAAGGAGGAGCAGCAGCAGGAGCAGAGGACCACGCUCACUCCAGAUACGUUGGUGCGCUGCCUGAAGCAGACGGGGAGGAUCUGCUUGGGCCCUCUCCGCCUGUCAACGCUGACCCUCUCCGAGUCUCUGCCCACCCUCCCCAUCUUGCAGCUGCACUGCACCGCCGCCUUAGAGAACACCCUGGGGGGCCAAAACGAAUGUGUAAUUCCUCUUAGCAGUGAAGCUCUAAACUCUUGUAAGCAACAAGAUGUGCAGCUUUUCCUGCAAGCCCUCAGAUAUUCCACAUUCCAGAGACAACUGCUCCACAAACUCAAAGGUUUCUCUUCCUCGAUAGAUGGUCAUCUUACGGAACUUUCUCUGACUGCUGUCAAAUUUGCCCGGAAAAAAGGCAACAUCGCACUAGCAUCCCGCCUUCUCAGCCAAUGCAGUGAUGGGUCACAAGAGGAGAAGCAGCCAGAUGAUCUGAUCCAAGCUUUCAGACGCCUCACUCUGGAGGGGACUUUGUGGGAGAAAUGGGGACCAGAAGUGCAGAUAGAAAAGGCCAAAGUCCUAAGAGCCGCAGGGCAGUCACUGACCUCCAUGGAGAUGCUGAGCAGGGCGGCCCUGUCCUACUGCAACGUGGGGAAGAACGAGGGUGCUGCCUGUCGUUCCCUGCUCACACUCUGCAAAUGGUUUUUGGCUGAGUGGAAGGAUAUGACGCCUCAACUGAAGCAGGUUUUAAAGAAUUCCGGAGCAGGUAACUCAUGUUCUGUAGGCAACGCGUCCCCUCUGAGCCAGAACAUCGCUGCCCUGCUGGAGCUUCCUAUGGAGGACCAGAGCAUUCCCUACAUCACUGCAGAGACUUCAGUGAGUGUGGGUGUUGGAGAAGCAGACUGUGUGCUGGGCCAACUCUACCAGCUCUCCACCAGCCUGGCUCCAGAAGUGGCCAAGUCCUGGGCAGCUCUGGCCAGCUGGGCUUACCGCUGGGGCAGGAAGGUGGUGGACAACGCAAGCCAAGGAGAGGGAUUGCCUCUCCUUCCAGAGGAAAAGAAAGAUAUAGAGGAGCUGCUGCCAGCAGCCACCAGUGAAGAAGACAAGGACGCCAUCUUUGGUAUUAUAAGACAGGCCAUGUGUCGAACAACGGGUAUACAGGACGAGGACAUGGCUCUGCAGCAGGAGGACGACGACGACGACAUGGUGGACGUGAUCUGGCGGCAGCUCACCAGCUCCUGCCCCUGGCUCAGCGAGGCGGAGCAGCACGUCACCGAGGGGCUGAUCCGGGUCUGGAGACGGGUGGUGGGCCGCAUGUUCGGCCUCUACCGCGUCUCCUGCCACGCCUAUUUCACCUUCCUCAAACUGAACGCGGGGCAGGUCCCUGUAGACGAGGACGACCCAAAACUCCUGUUGACUUGUCAAACUAGUAAACAGAGCAACGAUGAUGUGAUUGUCAUGGCAACCCUGCGUCUCCUCCGGCUGCUGGUGAAGCAUGCAGGUGAACUGAGGGAGGGCCUGGAGCUGGGCCUGGCGUCCACGCCUACGGCACCCUGGAGGGGUAUAAUCCCCCAGCUGUUCUCCCGUCUCAAUCAUCCCGAGGCGUACAUCCGGCAGAGCAUCUGCAGCCUGCUGUGUCGAGUGGCCCAGGACUCCCCACAUCUCAUCCUGUACCCGGCCAUAGUGGGCUCACUCUCCCUGGGAGGGGAGGCUCAGAACGCAGGGGCCAAGUUGCCUCCAGCUCUGCCCACUUUCCUGGGCAGCAUGCAGGGAGAGGACCUGGGUGGGGAGGAGGAGGAUCAGCUGGAGGCUGCAGGACCAGGUGGAGCAGCAGAGGAGCUGGCUAACUGCUCCAGCCAGGACCAGGCAAUGAUGCAGGACUGCUACAGCAAGAUCGUGGAGAAGCUGUCCGUAGCCAACCCUACCAUGGUUCUGCAGGUCCAGCAGCUGGUGGGGGAGCUGCGCAGAGUCACUCUGCUCUGGGACGAGCUGUGGCUGGGCGUGCUGCAGCAGCAACACAUGCACGUCCUGCGCAGGAUCCAGCAGCUGGAGGACGAGGUCAAGAGAGUGCAGAACAACAACACACUCCGCAGGGAUGAGAAGAUCGCCAUCAUGCGUGAGAAGCACUCUGCUCUGAUGCGUCCUGUGGUGUUUGCCCUGGAUCACGUCUGUAGCAUCACGGCUGCUCCAGCAGAGACGCCACAUGAGACGUGGUUCCAGCAGACCUACGGGGACGCCAUCACCUCUGCCCUGGACCGACUCAAGAACCCGGUCAACCCUGCAAACCCAGCCAGCAGCUGGCUUCCCUUCAAGCAGAUCAUGAUGAGCCUGCAGCAGCGUGCUCAGAAGAGAGCGAGCUACCUGCUGAACUUGGAUGAUAUCAGCCCUCGCUUGGCCUCCAUGACGGCCACAGAGAUGGCCCUGCCCGGCGAGGCGUCGGCAUCAGACGCCGUCACGAUCCAGAGCGUUGGCAAAACCAUCACCAUCCUGCCCACCAAGACCAAGCCCAAGAAGCUCUUCUUCCUGGGCUCCAACGGCCGCAACUACCCCUAUCUGUUUAAAGGUCUGGAAGAUUUGCAUUUGGAUGAGCGCAUUAUGCAGUUCCUGUCGAUUGUCAACACCAUGUUCACCAAGAUCAACCAGCAGGAGAACCCCCACUUCCACGCCCGCCACUACUCCGUGACUCCCCUGGGAACCCGGUCAGGCCUGAUCCAGUGGGUGGACGGGGCCACACCUCUGUUUGGCCUCUACAAGCGCUGGCAGCAGAGAGAGGCCGUGCUGCAGGCUCAGAAGGCCCAGGACUCGUUCCUGCAGCAGCCGGUGCCUCCAGUGCCCCGGCCCAGUGAGCUCUACUACAGCCGCAUCGGCCCGGCUCUAAAGGCCGUGGGGCUGAGUCUGGACGUGACCCGGCGGGACUGGCCCCUCAGCGUCAUGAAGGACGUCCUCAAAGAGCUGAUGGAGACCACACCGUCCAACCUGCUGGCCAAAGAGCUCUGGUGUUCCUGCACCACGCCCAGCGAGUGGUGGAGAGUCACUCAGUCCUACGCCAGAUCCACUGCCGUCAUGUCCAUGGUGGGAUACAUUAUUGGCCUCGGCGACCGUCACCUUGACAACGUGCUGAUUGACAUGACAACUGGAGAGGUGGUGCACAUCGACUACAACGUAUGCUUUGAAAAAGGGAAGAGCCUGCGGGUUCCAGAGAAGGUCCCAUUCAGGAUGACCCACAAUAUUGAGACUGCUCUGGGAGUCACUGGAGUGGAGGGGAUCUUCAGGCUGUCCUGCGAACAGGUAGUGCAGAUAAUGCGUCGGGGCAGAGAGACCCUCCUGACUCUCCUGGAGGCGUUUGUCUACGACCCCCUGGUGGACUGGACUGCUGGGGGGGAGGUGGGCUUCGCUGGGGCCGUUUACGGCGGAGGCGGCCAACAGGCCGACAGCAAGAAAAGCAAGAGGGAGAUGGAGAGGGAUAUCACACGCUCUCUCUUCUCCUCCAGGGUGGCUGAAAUCAAGGUGAACUGGUUUAAGAAUCGGGACGAAAUGCUGGAGGUGCUUCCACAAAUGGAAGAGGUUCUGGAGGAGUACUUGGUCCUGCAAGAGCUGCUCUGUCAAGGGGAGAAACUGCAGGCUAAACUGCAGGAGGAGUUGGCGUUCCUGGACGGGGCAGAAAGCCACCCAGACCACGUCAUCCUCACUCUGGAGCAAAGAUACUCUGAGCACACCCAGCUGCAGUCCCAGCAGCAGACGGUGACGGAGGCCGUCCGGGCCAAGCUGGCCGACCUGGACACCUGGAUCUCCCAGUACCAGGCAGCCUUCUCCAGCCUGGAGGCCUCGCAGCUGGCCAGCUUCCUGCAGGACAUCAGUGUCCCCAUAGACCUGGGGCCUCCCAGCUACGUGCCGGCCACCUCCUUCCUGCAGAACGCGGGCCAGGCCCACCUGAUCAGCCAGUGUGAGGGCCUGGAGGGGGAGGUGAGCUCCCUGCUGCAGCAGCGCCGCGGCUCUCUGCGGGCCUGCCUGGAACAGCUGCACAGCUACGCCACCGUGGCGCUGCUGUACCCGCGCUCCACCCUGCUGCACCACCGGGUCCACCAGUGGAAGGCCUGGCUGGAGGAGCUGCUGAGAGACAUGACCGUGGAGCACUGCCAGCACAUCUACAGACAAUAUGAAGUGCUGUUUGCUCCCCAGCCACCCGCAACUUCUGGCCAGUUUCUGUCAAGUGUGGAGUUAGCUUUGCAGCAUCAAGUGGCUGAGAGCAACGAACGCAUGAUGCACCAAGCUGAGCGGCUGAAGGCUGAGGGAACGACCGUAGCGGCGUGCGAGGAGCAGCUGAAGGAGAUUGAACACUGCAUAACGGUCUUCCUGCGGGAAAACGGAGAGCCAGGAUCUCUGAGCCUCGCUGCAAUCAUCACGUCUGCUCUCUGCACACUCUGCCGGCGUAAUCUGGUGAUGGAGGGAGCAGCGGCCAGUGCUGGGGAGCAGCUCGUAGACCUGACGUCCCGGGACGGGGCCUGGUUUCUGGAGGAGCUCUGCAGUAUGCUUGGAAACGUCAGUGCUCUAGCAACGCUGCUUCAGCGCUGCCUGCUCCUGCCCAACGAUCUGGAGCUGCCUGCUCCGUCAGCCGCCACGCAGAACAUUUACCUGGCCACUUCUGUGUACACAUGCCUGCAGGAACUGAACACCAACUUCCGGCAAAUCAUCUUCCCUGAGGCUCUGCGCUGCAUGAUAAAAGGAGAGCCCACUCUGGAGGCCAUGCUGGCGGAGCUGGAGCAGCUGGUGGAGCAGGGCUCCGACGGCCUGAGCCUGAAAGAUCUGGCUGACAGUCUGCAGAGCAGCACGGGCCUGGACCACGACGAGCACAGCCACUGCCUCCACAUCACCAGAAUGAUGCGGGCCCAGUACUCUGAGCUGAUCCAGCCUCGCAGCUUGGACGGACCGGGCCAGGACACGCCCAAGAUGUCAGCAGGACAGAUGUUGCUGGUGGCCUUUGACGGCAUGUUCACCCAGCUGGAAACUGCCUUUGGCCAACUCACAGACAAGAUGAGCUGUUUGGAUGUUCCGUCCCACUGGAGGAAGGUGGAUGUUCUGCGGGAAGCUCGGGCCACACAGCUCUACUUCUUCAACAACCUGACCCAGCGCCAGCUGAUGGAGGAGGUGUUCUUCCUCAAGAGGCUGCAGACCAUCAGGGAUUUCUUCCGCCACUGCUCCUCCUUCGCUCAGACUCUGUCUGGGACCUGUCCUGCUGACGACCUGCUCCCCACCAACGGGCCUGUAGGUCUGGGGAAGCCUCUGUACCGCCGGCCCAGUGCAGCGGGCACGGGCAGCGCUGUGAUCAGUGCUGUGAUCAGUGAGGAGCAGAUGACCCGGCCCAUCAAGGCCUUCACGGCCGAGUUUGUCCGGCAGAUGCUGAUGGGUCUGCCCAGCCAGGCCCUGAGCCUGGCCCUCUGCAGCUCCCUGUGCAGCCUGGGCCUGGACGUGGUGGCUCAGGUGGAGGCUAAAGACUUUGGAGCCGAGAGCAAGGUGUCCCUGGACGAGCUGUGUAAGAAGGCGUUGGAGCAGAGCCUGGCGUCAGGCCGGGUCUCCCAGCUGCUGCUCAACAGAGCCACGGUGCUGGCCUCGUCCUACGACACGGCCUGGAAGAAAGUAGACCUGCUGAGGAGACUGGAGAUCAACCUGGACGCUACUAAAACCAGUCUGCAGAGGAGCCAGCUCCACGUAGCCAUGUUUCAGUGGCAUCACGAGGACAUCCUUGGUCCCAAUAAUCAACCUCUGAGUGUCAGCAUUCCUCCUCGCUCGGUGAUUCUCAGCAACAUGAAGAAGAAGCUGUAUAAGCUGAGUCAGGAUGAGGGAGCCAUCAUUGCUGUGCAGGAGAAGCUGGCCACCCUGGAGGCGAGCAUUGAGCAGCGUCUGAAGUGGGCUGGUGGCGCUAACCCAGCACUGGCCCCGGUUCUGCAGGACUUUGAGAUGACCAUCAGAGAGAGGAGGGCCAUGGUUGCCCGGGACAACCAGCGCACCAGCCAGGUCACCUUCCUAUGCUCCACCAUCCUGAACUUGGAAGGCCUGCGGACCCGCUCAGCAGAGGCUCUGAACAUGGACGCAGCGCUGUUUGAGCUGCUGAAGCGCUGCCAGCAGACCUGCUCAUACGCUGCUCAGUUCAGCAGCACGGUGUCUGCCCUGGAGCUGCAGCUGCUGGACCGACUGGGUCCGGUGGCAGACCUGCUCAUCGGCAGCCCUGAUUGGCUGAGCUGUGCUCAGAGGCAGCUGGAGGAAGAGCUGAGUAUGGAGGGCAGGAGUCAGGAGGAGCGGGAGCAGCAGCUGGAGUCUUACGGGGAGACGCUGCAGCUUCUGGUUGAUUCUGUUAAAACCAUUCUGUCCAACCACAACCGGCAGCUGGCUGACGUCAAGCACCUGCUGAGAGCCAUGGCCAAGGACGAGGAGGCAGCGAUGGCCGACGGUGAGGAAGUGGCAUAUGAGGGCAGUGUGCGCCACUUCCUGUCGGAGUACAAAGCUUGGCAGGACAAUAUCCAGCUGGUGUUGUUUACUGUGGUCCAAGCCAGCGGGCAGCACCGCAGCCAGGAGCAGACAGAUCUGCUGGAGGAGAUUCCCUCCACCCUGAAGGAGCUGCACUCCCAGAGCCAGAGUGUUUACAACGGCCUGGUGGGCUUUGCCUCCCCGCUGGUGACGGACAGGAACCAGGAAUGUUCCAGUCCAGUUUCUGCAGCUCAGACCAGCUUUGCUGCCGCCGUCAGGUGCUCUGCAGUGAAGACCCAGCCGGACUCCAUGUCCCAGAAUGCACGGCGAGUGCCGCCCCGGAACCCUGGAACCCCCACCGACACGCCGCCCAGCACCCUGCUGAUGAGCAGCAAAGGGUUCAACCCCAGCCCCAAGAGGGCCGUCCGGGACCCCAAGACGGGCCGCGCCGUCCAGGAGAGGAACUCGUACGCCGUCAGCGUGUGGAAGAGAGUGAAGGUGAAGCUGGAGGGCCGAGACAUCGACCCCAACAGGAGGAUGAGUGUCUCCGAGCAGGUGGACUUUGUGAUCAAAGAGGCCACCAACAUUGAUAACCUGGCCCAGCUGUACGAGGGCUGGACCGCCUGGGUGUGAACGCCGCGCCGCUCCUGUCUUUGGUCCAGCACAUGCUUGGAGAUCCAGCAGAGUCCAGAGCGACUGGGGUGUCGGAACGGCAGCUCCGGGCCACCUGAGGGGUAGGAGAAGGGAGGUGGAUGCUUAGUCUGCCCUCCAAAACUCCCCGGCAUCCAAUCUGGCGCCGCUGCAUCCACACCCCCACCCACCGGCGACCGGGCCAACACCACGCUCAGUGGGCCUGUGGACCCGUCCCCCUCCAGGGGUUUGAGUGGGGAACAUGGGGCCGGGAUGGGGAUGGGGGAAGGAGAAGAAAGGCCUCCUCACCUCCCCCCUCACCUGCAUAGCUCACUAUCAAUUAGCCUUCAAAACAUCACUGCAUCCUGUUCCCACAUGGAAGUCCGUCUGAGGGCAGGGGGACGUGGAAGUGAAGCUGCUCACGCUCUGUGGGGAAGACGAGCAGGAGACGUCCAUGUCCAUACGCUCGUCUCCGAUCUUCUCCCAUGGCCUUCUGGGUAAGUUAGGCCAGGCGCAGUUGGAAGGUUUGAAGGUUCUCGAAGCCACACGGACGUCCAGCUGAAACGGAGAGAACACGAUAAUCCAACGGCCGAGACGCCGACACAUCUGAGGGUUCUCAAAUUUAACAUACAUGAGGUUAAGUGGACUUCUUUUCUCACAAUGGUUCCUUGGGCUUUUGUAUAUAAAACAAAGAUCCUGCUGUGUAAAAAAAUAAAAAUAAAAUAACUGAAUAAACAACAAAUUGGAUGCUCAUUUGUGAGCUGAAGAUGGAAACGUUGCUAGUGACGUGGCGAGGAGGUGCAGACUCCCGUCACCGUUGUGCUUGUCGUAGCUAGAUCUUUCUUUCCUUCUUUUGACCUGGUUGACACAAACUGUUAGUCAUCCAGCCUUUGCUUGCAUUUUAUCAAUCUUGACCUUCUAGUUUUACCUUUUUAUUCUGAACAAUUGUUUGUGGUGGUGGUGGUGAAACAUGUUAACUCUUAAAGCUUUUAUUGAAUUUUGUUGGAUGCCAAAUAAACUUUAGAAAUAUGAA